UUUUGUAAUGCCUCUCUGUCUCUGGCACUUCCUGUGUUCCGCCACGUUCACCUGACUGCCGGCACCUGCCUUCAUAACUAUCUAGGUGUACACAGUGUAUAGAAGCGACCGCGUAUCCUAUGGGACUUUAGUUUCCCCGCUCGUUUCAUCAGCCACGCUGUGCUCUCUGGCUUGUGCCUACUGGCGCACACCUGGAAACACGUCGAGUGCGCUACACGCAGUCGAUGUUACGCUGUCGUUCACCACGGCUGGACUAUCGAGCUUUUCCUCUCCCGCUGAUAACAGUCGCUCCUCGAACCGGCGAACCUACCUAUCGACCAUUAGUGUCCUCCGCGACCACAACUGGUUUCGCUUCUCCGCAACUACCAUUUGGAUCGAGAGAAGGAAGAAUAUUCCGUGGAACGUUUCAACGAGGAUGGCGUAGAAAUUGCUGGUUCCGAGGGAGCGUGCCGAGCGAUCCUCUUCCGUUUUACGAGCCUAUACUCGGCUCGGUAUUCGCGAGUUCUUGCGGCAGUGAAGGAUUGUUUAGUGUAAUAACGCGUUUCUCGAAGCUUGAGAGGUGGAUGUUCGUUGUAAAGUGACUGUUAAACUGUUUGCACGUGGAGCUGAUUCGUUAUCGUCGGGUUUGGUGCUCUAGAAUGUCAUCUGGAUUUCGUAGUCGUGGACGAAAACCUUGAGCUUCCCCGCGAGGGUGUCCCCCCAGAGGCCUGCCAAGGAGUCGAAGGGGUUUCAUGUGAGCCCCAGUGCUAGCCCCACGUCGCCACCCAGCCCGAUCAACGACAACAUGGACAAGGCGCCGAUUAUUACCGAUGAGAAUUUCCAGGAUCUGGAAGCUGAGAAGGCAAUAAUGGGCUCCAUUGUGUAUUGCAUACAUCAUAAGGAUGGCUGCAAGUGGUCCGACGAACUUCGAAAGUUGAAGGCUCACCUGAAUACCUGCAAGCACGACGCGGUCCCCUGCAGCAAUAAGUGUGGCGCGAUGAUCCCGCGUGUGCUGAUGGAGGACCAUUUAAAGUACACUUGCGCCCAGCGGCGAGCACGCUGCGACUUCUGUGCCAAAGAAUUCACCGGUCACACGCUCGAGAAACACACAGGGACGUGUGGCUACGAACCACUCUACUGCGAGAACAAGUGUGGCAUGAAGGUGCAGCGAAGGCAUCUCAGUCAACACAAGUUGGGCGAGUGCGCGAAAAGACUGGUGGCCUGUCGUUACUGCAACAAAGAGUUCGUUUUUGACACACUCGGUGCUCAUCACGCCAAGUGUGGCCGCUAUCCAGUCGCCUGUCCACACCGUUGUGAAACUGCCGUCUUACCAAGAGAAGAUCUCGAAGUUCAUUUGAAAGAUCACUGCACUACACACCUCUUAUCUUGUACUUUCAAGGAUGCUGGCUGUCGUUUUAAGGGAAAUCGAUUUUCGUUGGACAAACAUUUGGAGGAAUCAGCAAAGAUGCAUUUAAGCUUGAUGUGCAGUGUAGUAACAAAACAACAGCAUCAGAUAACCAGCCUGAAAUCCGCCAUUAGCAAACUAUCGUUAAAUUACACGGGCACACUAAUAUGGAAAAUUACGGAUUACAGCGCUAAAAUGUCCGAGGCGAAAGCCAAGGAAGGAAUGGAACUCGUCAGCCCUCCUUUUUACACUAGUCAAUAUGGUUACAAGCUACAGGCGUCAGUUUUCUUAAACGGAAAUGGAACCGGCGAAGGAAGUCAUAUUUCAAUAUACAUAAAGAUACUUCCCGGAGAGUAUGAUGCUCUGUUGCGAUGGCCAUUUUCCCACAGCGUGUCCUUCACCAUAUUCGACCAGACGGUGGUCGCGGAAAAGGCGUGCAAUAUCGUAGAAAGCUUUAUACCGGAUCCAACAUGGAAGAAUUUCCAGAGGCCCAGUCGUGAGCCCGAUUCUCUCGGUUUUGGCUUCCCAAGAUUUCUCUCUCACGAAAUGGUGAAGAAACGGCAUUUUGUCAAAGAUAAUACUAUGUUCAUCCGAGUAAAGGUCGAUCCUAGCAAAAUAGUUGCUGUCUGAAAAGAUAACAUCGACCCGUAUUUUUAUUAAAUACGUUGUAUCAUACUAACUCAAUUACUAUCGUUCCACGUAACACAUUUAAUAUUGUUACGCCGCACACACAUGGUUUAUACGUAUUUUUUACUUUUACACGUAUCGUCAGUCCAGUAAACGAUUAAUGAUACUUGAUAUUUAUUAAUUGUGUACUUGGUGUGAUAGGUCGAAGUACUUCACAUAUGAAGCGCAUGGUACUUAUGUCGUUACACUGAAAGUAAACUAAUGUAAAAUUGAUUAAAACAAAAUAGAAAGCAAAAGCGACUUACAAAACAAAACGACUGCUGUGCGAAACAUUUGGAGGAUCUAAAUUCGGAGAAUUAUUUGAAUUUUUAUUACGAACAGAGUUCUGGUUUUGGCACAUUGAUAUUUACGUUGACUAUUCUUUAUACAUAAUUUUGAAGAUUUUAGGAUAUAUUAAUAACACGAACAGUUGAUCCUCUGGUUAUAUGAAGCAAUAUAUCUCUCAAUUAAACGGGAGCUGAUUGAACAUGUGUACAUAUAUCGAACACCGAAAUUUUGUAAGCUCUCACUUGUAGCAUCAGACCCAUCCUAUGACUGCAGUUCCCAAUUAUUCCUAUCUUUUAUUUUGUAACAUACGUUUCCACAUUUUUUACACUGGAUGAUUCGAUUUACAAACUUAACACGAGGUUGGAGGUUACAAUUUUGACUGAAAUUUGAGUAGAUCAAAUUUUUCAGCACAUUAGAUUAAACCGGUCAACGUUAAGUUUGUUAAAACGAUAUCUACCUUAACAAUUCAAAUCAAAGAUUAUUAAAGGACUGUGUAUUAUAAGCUUAAGAGAUGUAAAUAUUGUGAAAAAAAGAAACAGCGCCGAACGAGAUGCGAGUUAAUUAGUCGAAGCGACCGAUCUACCGAUGUAAAUAUAAGUUUACUUUAUAUUAGUGAUAAUGAGAAAUUGUGAUUGAGAUGCUAGUGACUGUAUGUAAUGAUUUAAGAAUAAGAAAUAAUAAAACUAUUAUAUCGUAUUCGUAUAUUA